AAGGACAGCAAAGUCAAAAAGGAUAUGGAUGCGUGACUAUUUUAAAGACAAUAAAAAUAAGUUUUUAAAAGAGAUAGAUAAUGACGACUAUCUUUUCAAAAAUUUUACACGGAUGUCUCAAAUAGAUUACAAUAUUCUAUUGGAUAUGAUAAGGCCGCUAAUAACAAAAAGGGAUACGGUUAUGCGUGAGGCUAUACCUGCUGAAAUCAGACUCGCAAUCACACUCCGUUAUCUGGCAACAGGCGACUCAUACGCAAGCCUAAGCUUCCUAUUCAAAGUUUCAACACAAAGCAUUUCGAAAAUUGUUCCUGAAGUAGCGAAAAGUAUUUGUUCAGCACUGAAAGAUUACAUAAAGCUUCCUCAGGACACAGGAGAUUGGAGGGUAGUUGCAAACAACUUUGAUAAAAACUGAAAUUUCCCACAUUGUUGUGGAGCAAUGGACGGAAAACAUGUGCUCAUUCGAUGCCCCCAGAAUAGUGGAAGUACAUUUUUUAAUUACAAGGGCACCUUUAGCAUUGUGUUGUUUGGUGUCGUUGAUGCAGAUUAUUGUUUUACCUACGUUAAUGUCGGUUGCCAGGGGAGGAUCUCAGAUGGAGGUGUGUUCAAAAAUACGGAAUUCGGAAAGAGACUUGAAAAGAAUCAACUAAAAUUACCCAAAGAAGAAGCCCUCCCUGGAAGAACGCUGCCAAUCCCGUAUGUCUUAGUAGCUGACGAUGCAUUCCCGUUAACCACAAAUAUAAUGAAACCUUUCCCAGGCGAAAUAACAAGAAACUCGCCAAAUAGAAUAUUUAAUUACAGGCUGUCGAGAGCCCAUAGAAUUGUUGAAAAUGCUUUUGGAUUACUGGCAGCCGUUUUUAGGAUAUU